ACAUAGGACGGCCCCCCAUGAACAAGCCGGACAUCCCUGUUACUGGAGGCCAGCUGAUUGACUGGGCCAAGGAACAACAGCAGCUGCUCUACCUGGACAACGCACGAGGAGAACAAGAAACAAACCAGAACACGGCAAUGUAUGGGCAACUAGUUACACAAGACCAGCUUGUUGGAAUGGGUGCUGGAACCCAGGAUCCUGAUGCAGAUCUGGUGGCACUGGAGUCACGAAUUCCUUGUAAAAUCCGAGAACCGAGCCAUGCCCCUUUGAGACGGCUCAGUGUUGAUCUCAUCAAGACAUAUAAGCAUAUAAAUGAAGUGUACUAUGCCAAAAAGAAACGACGAGCUCAGCAAUCACAGAGUGAAGAUUCCAUUAAUAAAAAAGAAAAGAAAGUUUAUAAUGAUGGUUAUGAUGACGAAAAUCAUGAUUACAUUGUACGUAAUAGUGAACUGAUAGAACGUUAUGAAAUAGACUGUCUUAUUGGCAAAGGAUCAUUUGGACAGGUUGUGAAAGCAUUUGACCAUGAGGAGCAAUGCCAUGUUGCCAUUAAAAUUAUUAAAAAUAAAAAACCUUUCCUUAAUCAAGCUCAAAUAGAAGUAAAAUUAUUGGAAUUAAUGAACAAUGAAGAAGUUAGUGACACGUUUUAUCAACAAGGAAAAGAAAAAAUUGUGCAAUUGAAAAGGCAUUUCAUGUGGAAAAAUCACUUAUGUUUAGUCUUUGAACUUCUUUCACACAACUUGUAUGACCUCUUGAGGAAUACAAACUUUCGUGGUGUUUCUCUGAAUUUGACCAGAAAAUUUGCUCAGCAAAUGUGCACGGCACUCAUGUUCCUUUCUCAUCCUGAUCUCAAAAUUAUUCAUUGUGAUCUAAAGCCGGAAAACAUUCUUCUCUGCAAUCCAAAAAGAAGUGCAAUCAAAGUAGUUGACUUCGGAAGCUCAUGCCAACUGGGACAGAGGAUUUAUCAGUAUAUUCAGAGCAGGUUUUACCGAUCACCAGAAGUUCUUUUAGGCAUUCCAUACGACAUGGCUAUUGAUAUCUGGAGUCUGGGAUGUAUUUUAGUUGAAAUGCACACAGGAGAACCUCUGUUCAGUGGAGCAAAUGAGGUUGAUCAGAUGAAUAAAAUCAUAGAAGUUAUUGCUAUGCCUCCAAAGCCAAUCCUUGAUCAAGGACAUAAAUCAAGGAAGUUUUUUGAGAAACUUGUUAAUGGUACAUACGUGAUGAAAAAGCUGAAAGAUGGAAAAAAGUACCGACCACCCGGCUCACGAAAACUGCAUGACAUUCUUGGUGUUGAGUCUGGUGGACCUGGGGGCAGAAGACAAGGAGAACCUGGUCACAGUGUUUCAGAUUAUUUGAAGUUCAAAGACUUGAUCCUGCGAAUGUUAGAUUAUGACCCUAAAACUCGAAUAACUCCCUAUCAUGCCCUUCAGCACAGCUUUUUCAAAAGAACUGCUGACGGUAGUACAAAUACUCUUCAUAACACUAUUCUCAGCCCUCCAAUGUUGGAGUCAGCUGAACAUGAUUCGCAAGAGGACGCUGAAAGGAAAUCUAGUGACAGAGUUAAAAAAGAUGAUCUUGCACAUUUUCAAGCAACAUGUUCAGCUUUUGGACCAUCAGAUGCCCAAGCAUUCGGUGUUGAUGAUCCUACUCUUGUCAAUCCUAUGCAUCCGCAGCAAAGUAGCUGUACUCAGACAAAUGUUUUCAAUGCUCCGAUCAGUGGAACUUCUGCAAUGGACUGUGAAAGUCCUCAUAUUGUUGGAAGCAGCAGCACAUGUUUCCUGCCUGCAGGCAAUCGGUGCUUACACAAGAACCAUUUGUUCUACGCCUGUGGCGCUUUCAGUUCCACUGCCGUGUCCUCCAGGCAGAUGGCUGACAAUAUUGCAUCUGAUACUUCUUAUCACCUACAGUCUGAUGAAAACUCAGGACCUGUACAUAAUUUUGAAUAUCAGAAAAGUAUUCAUUCAUCCCACUUCUUGCAAGCAGCAAAGGAUCCUCAGGUCUUGUUGUCCGAUGUAGUAGAUGGUUCCGAGCGAGACAUCAGGAGUCUUCAGUCUUACCAGCCAGCUUCAGGUGUGGACGCUAGCUCUCUUCCGAGAAGCCACCCGUCUUCCUCUUUUUCUAGGACUUCUGUGUCUUCCGAACUCACUCCUAUGGAUACGUCCAUAUUUGCUGUUCCGCAGGCCCUGGAUUGUUCUCAAAUGGGUUCUUUGAAUGUACAGCUUGGUAGUCAUCAUCAAAUUUCAUAUGUAGACCCCACAUUUAGUGAAACUAACAUUUAUGUGAACACUCGUGUGCCCCUCGGAGAACCCUCUUCUACAGCAGCGUCGUCGUCUCAGCCUUCAGUACAAUUGUCAACACAAAAAGAAACACAGCACGGCGAUGAAGAGGCUUCUGCAGAGACCUACUCAAACCUGAGCUCGCUCAUUACUCAUUAACGUUGAAUCCCAUUUAGUUACACAUGACUUUUAAUUACAUUUCCCAGAUAGGAAUGGCUAACAGUGAGGCAAAGAGUGAUAGCUGGUAUGUCUGUAAAUUAUUGAACGUAUGCAAUUCAUAUGAGGUUGUCAACAGUUCUCUUUGUGUUAUUUUGAAAGUUUUGAGGGGCAGCAAAUUGCUUCAUGCCUAUUCAUAUUUUUAAAAACAGCUGCAAGAACCUUGCAGCUGUAUUAAGAGGUCUUUCAGAAGGGCUGAAAGCAAACUGCUGUUGUAACGUAUAUGCAUUUUUAUCUGAAGUGUAUGCCAGAAGUUUAAAGUUCUUGUUUAACAAGGUCUUGAAAUUUCCAUAGAUUAUAUCUGUUUAUUGCUUAAAAAUGAACUAUCAUUGCAAAAGCUAAAAUCAAAUUUCUGUUGUAUAUAUUGUAUUUAAAAUAUAUUCUUUUCCAUGUGUGUUUUAGCCUGAAUGUUAACAAAGAUGCCAACAUUUUUCAUCGAAAAAUGUGGUUCUGAAUUCAGAAAUAAAGUUAUUAUGGUUUCUGUAAAUAUUGUACAAUUGUAUAUAUGACUCAAUCAUAAAAUGAAUGUGCAUUUACGUGCUGCCAGACACAUUAAAAAUAGGUUUAACUCAUUUAUUGCAGAAUUCUUUAUCACAUCAUAAGUAAUGACAGUUUGAAAAACAUCGGAACUUUAGCUGGAAUAAUCCACACUACUGCAUUUAUCUGCUCUUCCCUCUAUUAGAAUUUUUUUAUUAUUAUUAUUACUAUUUUUGGCUGUAAAUCAUUUCAUCCUGUGGAAAGAAUUAGUGCUUACAUCUUUAAAUUGCUGACCUUUUUUCAAAUAAUUUUGUCAUUAUUGAGUGAUUGUUACUUUUUUUUUUUUUU